GUAACUGUAAGAUUCUGAAAUGACGUUUUACAUUGCUCGCGAGACCUCAAAGUUAUGGCGGAGGAUUUGCAUGGAAACGAAAGUAGAAAUCAGUCUUCUUGCCGAGAAGUGGAAGCUUCUUCUUGCUGGAUUGUUCUUCCAGUAUCUCCACGGAUUAGCUGCUCGAGGAGUUCAUUAUUUUCAUCGACCAGGUCCAACACUCCAGGAUGUUGGUUUUUUUCUUUUUCCGGAGCUUGGACAACAUAAAGCUUACAUCAGUGAGGCUGUGUUCACUUUUGUUUUUUUAAACUUUUUCUUGUGGACUUUUCAUCCUUUCAUUUUCCAGAGCAAAAGAUUCCACACAGUUCUGCUGUGGUGCAGGGUCCUGGCAUUUCUAGUUGCUUCUCAACUUCUCCGGAUCAUCACUUUUUAUUCUACUCAGCUUCCUGGUCCAAAUUAUCACUGCCGUGAGGGCUCAAAGCUUGCCAGGCUGCCCCGUCCAGACAGUGUAGUAGAGGUGCUUUUAAUUAAUUUUCCUCGUGGUGUACUCUAUGGAUGUGGUGAUCUGAUUUUUUCAUCUCACAUGAUCUUUACUCUAGUCUUCGUGCGAACGUAUCAGAAAUAUGGCACACAAAGGAGCAUCAAACAACUUGCUUGGUUGAUUGCUGUUAUUCAAAGCCUCUUGAUUAUAGCAUCCCGCAAGCAUUACACAGUUGAUAUCAUCGUUGCAUGGUAUACAGUAAAUCUGGUGGUAUUCUUUGUGGAUAAUAAAUUGCCAGAACUCCCCGAUAGGACCAAUGCAUCCUCAUCUCCCUUGCUUCCAUUGAGUAGUAAAGACAAAGAAAGCAAAACUAGAGAGGAGAACCACAAGCUCAUGAAUGGGAACUCUGGGGAUGCUAUAGAUUGGAGACAAAGAAUACAGGUCAAUGGCAAGAUUCUAGAAGAUGGAAAUGCAGUCCGUGCAGAUUCGGAAAUGAAUGGUAAAUAGUGGUGGUUUGCUGGGCUGAGUAGGCUGCUGUUUCCAGGACUGAUGUUCAAAACCAUGCAACUUCGACUUCUGUGUACUAGUUAGUCAUUUGGGCAAUUGUGGUAAACUUUGAUCUGUAUUAUAGUGGAUGGAAGUUUUGAGUUUUUGUUAACUGUUACCAGUUAUGCUUCCUCAAAU